AUGAUGAAGAUGAAGAGAGUUCCUACCAAUAGAAAGCGUCGCAAGACCACCGAUUCCGUCUAUGUCCUUCCCUACUACCUGCCAAUAGAAAUUAUCACAAAAAUCCUAAUCAAACUUCCCGUCAAAACCCUCGUCAAAUUUAGGUGCGUAUGCAGAUCCUGGCUCGCUUUGAUAUCCGAUCCCAUAUUCGUCCAGAAUCAUCUGAGAGCUUCCACCCAAGACAAGGGUUAUGCACACCAUAGACUUAUUAUGAGCUCCCAUCUUCGUUUAGAGGUGAAAUCAUGUUCUCUCCCAUCUGUUUUACAUGAAGAAUGUUAUCCUAGUACACAUGACCACUAUUAUCCAUUGAAGCACUGGCCAGACUCUGUUUUGAUAGUUGGUUCUGUGAAUGGAUUGGUUUGUAUAGCUUCAGAAGAAGAAGGUUCUGUAUUUUUAUGGAACCCGUCUAUUAGGAAAUCAAAGAGACUGCCCGAUUGUGGCUUAGGCUUAAAAGAGCGUUUAGGUCGAGACAUUGUAUAUGGGUUUGGCUAUGACGAGGCUAGUUCUGAUUACAAGGUGAUUCGCAUUAAAUCUACUGAAGUAAAUAUUUAUGGGUUAAAGAGAGAUUCGUGGAGGAAGAUUGGAAUUUUCCCUAAAGGCUUUCCCAUGGAUACUAAGUGCACCUUUGUGAGUGGAUCACUUCAUUGGGCUCCAACUGGGGAAAAUGAGUGGGAAGCUUUGUUCCACAAUUAUUGGAAUAGUGACAAUCCUAUAGUCUCUUUCGAUUUGUCAAAGGAAACAUAUUCGGAAAUCUCGCAACCCUGCUAUGAGAAGGAUGCUACGGAAUCAUAUCUAGGAGUUUUAGGUGACAGCCUCCUCUGUAUUCUACGUGACUAUUUUUAUGAACAAGCCGAAGUAUGGGUGAUGAAUGAGUAUGGAAAAGUAGAGUCUUGGUCUAAGUUGUUUUCAAUACAGUAUUGUAUUCGACACCAGGGUUACUUGUAUGAUGUACCCUUGUGUAUUUCUUUUACGAAAACUGAAGUCCUUUUGAUGUUAGGAAAGCAGCGUUUGGUGUUGUAUAAUAUGGACAAUCAUACAUUUAGGCCUACCAACAUUAGAGGUUGCCUUCCAGAAUACCAAUAUAAAGUGUACACUUAUAUUGAGAGUCUAGUCUCGCCUUAUCCUGAUUCCUGA